AGUCUAGGGUGUUGUUGAUUAGGGUAAAAGUCUGGAUCUUUCUGUUGCUUGCUGGUUUUUCCCUGUUUGGUUGUUGAGAAGAAUGAAGCAACAAGAAAAGAUAUUGGAUUGCUGAAACUAGUUGAGUUAAGCUAACCUUAGUGAAUGCUCUUGGUAUCCCUCUAUUUUCUUACCAAUUGGGAUUUGAUUUCUUAUAUAUGUAGUAGAAGAACAACUUUUUUUUUUUUUUGGGAAUGUAAAACAAAAAAGGCAGAAGAGUGGAAAUUCCUAUGGGUCAGGUUAACAGGGUUUUUUUAUUGGCACCGGUUGUCCAGGAACAACGUCUUGACUAAUCCUAGGGGUGCACAGGCCCUCGGCAAGGGGUUAAGUUAAGUGGGGUUUUAAAUAGAUUUAGUUUUGGCAUGAUAGUUAUUCACCAUAAAAGUUGUCUCAUGUCUAGAUAUUUAUACUUUAGCUGUCAGACAAUGAAUGAUGCAUUUGGUGUGGAAAGUGAGAGAACAAAGUUUUUCAAAAUGGGGAUCAUGAAGCCAUUAAAAACUAAAUUUAAUGCCUUACCUAGUUUUUGAUUGGAUUCUUGGAUUGGUUUCUCAUUUUUAAUGAUACAUUUUCCUCAACAGUUAUCAAUUAAGUUAGUCUCUUUUUGUUUUUGAGAUGUGUGUGUGUUUAUACUUAUCAGAAAAAAAAUGUGGGUAUGUAUAUUCAAGUAUGUAUUUAGACACAAAUAACCGAAUACAUUUUGAAGAAAGCAAAUGAAAACUUACUCUACAAGUGUGUAUUUGGUUAUGUCUGUAUUUAGUCACCCACAUAUCCAAAGACGAUUUGAAAAAAACAAAUGUGAAGUUACCAUAUAGCGAUAGGGGGGAUCUUAGCUGCAUCCAGAUUUCAUUUGUAGAUUUUGUAGACCUAGGGCCUCGUUUGUUUUCGCAAAUGAGAUGAGAUGAGUUGAGAUAAAAGUUGAAAGUUGAAUAAAAUAUUGUUAGAAUAUAUAUUUUUAAUAUUAUCUUUGUUUUGAGAUUUGAAAAAGUUGAAUUGUUUAUUUUAUUUUGUAUGGAAAUUUGGAAAAAUUGUAAUGAUUAGAUGAGAUGAGAUAAGAUGAGUCGAGAAGUUUUGUGAAAGUGAACGAGGCCUACUGUGUUCUGCUUCUAUUUUGUAGCCGAACCUUUUUUGUCUACAUGUCGUAUACCAUUAGGUCCCUCCUUUUCUUUGGGAUUUUCUUUUUAUUCUACAUGGGAUCUUCAGCGGCCCAAGCAGAUUAUGCUGCAUUUUUAGAGAAGGUGAAACGAACGAUUUAUCUUGAUCACCUCUCACCACAAGUCACUGAACCUGUUGUGAGAACUGCUCUAAAUCAGUUUGGGGCCGUAAAAAAUGUUCAGUUUAUUCCAAACUACAUGGGACCGAGGAACAUUGCAGAGUGUGCAUUGGUGGAGAUGGAGAACGUGAGGCAGGCUAAAGCUGUUCUAUCUGAGAUUUGCCAAUUUCCUUUUAUGAUAUCUGGGAUGCCCAGGCCAGUGAGGGCACGACCUGCCCAAGUGGAGAUGUUUGAUGAACGCCCAAUAAAGCCCGGUAGAAGGAUACAGUGUCGUUGGUUGGAUGAAAAUGAUCCUGAUUUUGAGGUAGCUAGGAAAAUGAAGCGUCUUACCAACAAACAUGCUGCUGAAGCUGCAUUCUUACAGAAGCAACAACUACAAGAAGAAGAGAAACUUGCAAAGCAGCAGCUGGACACCCUUAAAGGAAAUUACAAGAAGUAUGAGAUGGUAGAUAGUAUCAUGGCUGAUGGAACUGCUCGUCGCUUAGCACGCCACUAUAAUUUGCGUGUUGCAGAAGAUUGAGAGGCUUUCCUUCCGAGUAAAUGCCAGCACUAGUUGUACAGUAUAGCAUAUGCAUAUUAUAGAUCUUUUCGUCUAAAGGGAGUAGUGCGUUAUGAUUGAAGGCUUCAUCUGUUAACGCAUCAGUGCAGUUAGAUGAUCUGUGUAUGAACUCAAAGAACUGGCCCUUCUUUUAAACCGUGAUUUUCACAUCACCAGAGAUUAGGUUAUAGAGCACAGUGGCAUACAAUUUAUGAUCCUAUUUUUUGAAAAACAUCUGGAACAUGCUUGCAACACCAAUCCCUCUUUUGGUUUUUUUUUGGGUUACCUUGUGGAGUAUCCUUGUCUCAUUUGACUUUGAGACUAGUCAUGUAGAUUUGCAUUAUAUUGCCCCAAUGCAUGGCUAUCUUGAAAAGUUA